UCACAGGGACUCUGUGUGUGCGCGCGUGUCUGCAUGUGACGUAUGUGUUAGUGUGAGCGCGUGCUCCUGGCUGCAGCACAGCAGUGAGGAGAUGUAGCUUCCUGUGUGCUGCGAGGCAGUCCGAGCUCAUUCUGCCGCAUGCCGCUUACUGCCACCAUUACGCAGAGGAAUUCCCUGCUGUCUCCGCUACUGCUCUCACAGAGAGGGAGUGUGGGUUAAGGAGAGGAGGAGAGGAGGAGACAUGCAGCAAAGCGACAUUGACAGAUAGAGGACGGAGCCGGAUUUCACUUUGGAUUUUACAUGAAGAUGAGCUGUGUUUGUUUACGAGGAAGCUGCUGUGUUUAUGGGAUUUUUUUGCUGACCUUCGUGCUCCCGGAUUGCGCACAUAUGGAAGAGGGAACACUGUGUAUUAAUGUGUGUGUGUGUGUGAGUGAGAGGAUGUGUAAGUGAUUGUGUCGGUGUGUGUAUGAGCGUUCGUUCCUGAUGCGUUCAGAGCGGGCCAGCCGUGUGUGUAUCGUGGUGCUGGAGGAGGUGGAGGAGGAUGAGCCCUCUUCUUCACCCCCACCUCCUCGGCCCAAAUCAUCCCCAGACCGCAGAUCCCAUCAUGCCUCGCGAAGGGUUGCUGCUGCUCAGGAGGACAAGCCGUCACUGUUGAGAGCCAUCUUCAACCUGGAACCAGAUGAAGUCCGUGCGCUCAUCUUCAAGAAAGAGGAUGUCAACAUUCAGGACAAUGAGAAGCGGACGCCUCUGCACGCUGCCGCCUACCUGGGAGACGCUGAGAUCAUUGAACUGCUCAUCCUGUCAGGAGCCAGAGUUAAUGCCAAAGACAACAAGUGGUUGACUCCUCUUCACCGGGCUGUCGCCUCUUGUAGUGAGGAUGCAGUGGCAGUGCUGCUGAAGCACAGCGCAGAUGUUAACGCUCGGGACAAGAACUGGCAGACGCCGCUCCAUGUCGCAGCUAGCAACAAGGCAGUACGCUGCGCAGAGGCUUUGGUUCCACUGCUCAGCAACGUCAAUGUGUCGGACCGGGCUGGACGCACUGCCCUGCACCACGCUGCCUUCAGUGGACAUGUAGAGAUGGUGAAGCUGCUGCUGUCCAGAGGAGCCAACAUUAAUGCAUUUGACAAGAAGGACAGGAGAGCGAUCCACUGGGGAGCCUACAUGGGUCACCUGGAGGUGGUGAAGUUAUUGGUAGCCAGUGGAGCAGAGGUCGACUGUAAAGACAAGAAAGCCUACACGCCGCUCCAUGCAGCUGCCUCCAGCGGGAUGAGCAGCACAGUGCACUACCUGCUGGGGCUCGGAGUCCAUGUCAACGAGGUGAACGCCUAUGGCAACACACCGCUCCAUUUAGCCUGCUACAAUGGGCAGGAUGUGGUGGUCAGUGAGCUCAUAGAUGCAGGAGCCCACGUUAACCAGGUGAACGAGAGAGGCUUCUCUGCUCUUCACUUCGCCUCCUCUUCACGGCAGGGGGCGCUGUGCCAGGAGCUGCUAUUGGCCCAUGGAGCUCACAUCAACAUGCGGAGUAAGGAUGGUAAAACGCCCCUCCACAUGGCAGCUACCCAUGGAAGGUUCUCCUGCUCUCAGGCUCUAAUUCAAAAUGGAGCUGAGAUAGAUUGUGAGGACAAGAGCAGAAACACUGCCCUUCACAUCGCUGCCCGCUACGGCCAUGAGCUCAUCAUCACAGCACUCAUCAAACAUGAAGCCAACACCACCAAGAGAGGCAUUCACGGGAUGUUCCCUCUCCACCUGGCAGCUCUCAGUGGCUUCUCAGAUUGCUGCAGGAAGCUGCUGUCCUCAGGGUUUGACAUAGACACCCCUGAUGACUUUGGAAGGACCUGUCUACAUGCUGCUGCAGCUGGAGGGAACUUGGAGUGUCUGAACCUGCUGUUAAACAUUGGAGCAGACUUUAGCAGGAAAGACAACUUUGGAAGGACUCCACUACACUAUGCAUCAGCCAACUGUAACUACCAGUGUGUGUUCGCCUUGGUGGGCUCUGGGGCGAGUGUUAAUGAGCAGGACCAGAGAGGCUGCAGCUCCCUGCACUACGCCGCCGCAGCUGACACAGACGGAAAGUGUGUGGAGUACCUGCUGAGGAAUGAUGCUGAUCCAGGAGUGAGAGACAGACAGGGUUACAGUGCAGUGCACUAUUCCUCAGCCUACGGACGCACACUCUGCCUGGAGCUGAUGGCGAGUGAGACUCCUCUAGAUGUGUUAAUGGAGACAUCAGGAACAGACAUGCUGAAUGACACAGAGAGCCAGGCCCCUGUCAGUCCACUCCACCUGGCUGCUCACCACGGACACUGUGGGGCAUUAGAGGUUCUCUUGUCGUCUCUGCUGGAGGUGGAUGUGUGCAGCCCAGAAGGCCGGACCCCCCUCAGCCUGGCCUGUUCCAGGGGGCAUCAGGAGUGUGUCUCCCUGCUGCUUCACCACGGCGCCUCACCCAUGACGCGGGACUACACAAACAAAAAGACAGCCCUACAUGCUGCAGCUAUGAAUGGCCACCCAGAGUGCCUGCGCCUGCUCGUGAGCAACAACAACCAACACAUUAAUGUGGAUGCACAAGACAGCAACGGACAGACUCCUUUAAUGUUGGCUGUGCUGAAUGGACACACAGAGUGUGUGUACUCUCUUCUCAGUCAAGGCGCCAGUGUAGAGAAUCAGGACUGCUGGGGGAGAACAGCACUACAUCGAGGGGCUGUGACUGGUCAGGAGGAGUGUGUGGACGCUCUUCUACAGCGGGGGGCCAGUGUGUGUGUGAGAGACAUCAGUGGUCGCUCCCCUCUUCAUCUGGCAUCUGCUUGUGGUCGUGUGGGUGCUUUGGGUUCUCUUCUGCAGGCCACAAACACCUCACACACCCAAACGCACCUCACUGACAACCAGGGCUACACACCACUGCACUGGGCCUGCUACAAUGGAUAUGAUGCUUGUGUGGAGGUGCUUCUAGACCAGGAGGUGUUCAAGAAGAUUAGAGGAAACUCUUUCAGUCCUCUGCACUGUGCUGUUAUAAAUGAUAACGAGGGAGUAGCUGAGAUGUUAAUCGACUCACUGGGAUCAACUAUCAUCAACACCACUGACUCAAAGGGCAGAACCCCGCUUCACGCUGCAGCUUUUUCCGACCACGUGGAGUGUGUUUCCCUGCUGCUGAGCCAUGGAGCAAAGGCAGAUGUUGUGGACACACACUUACACAGGACACCUCUGAUGAUGGCAGCUCUAAAUGGACAAACCAAUACUGUGGAAGUGUUGGUGAGCAGCGCUAAGGCAGACUUGGCUGUGCAGGAUGCGCAAAGGGACACAGCGUUACACUUGGCUUGCAACAAGGGUCAUGAGACGAGUGCCUUGUUGAUUCUGGAAAAGAUGGGCGAUAGAAAUGUCAUCAACUGCACCAAUGCUGCUCUCCAGACGCCCCUGCAUGUAGCAGCCAAGAGGGGACUGACAGUGGUGGUCCAGGAACUGCUCGGGAAAGGAGCUAGUGUGUUAGCAGUGGAUGAAAACGGCUACACUCCUGCUCUUGCCUGCGCCCCCAACCGCGACGUGGCCGACUGCUUGGCACUCAUCCUCAACUCCAUGAUGCCCACCUCCCCUAUGGUCACCAUCGCAGCUUUACCCGCACUUUCUCUCACUCAGACAGUCAUCAACCAUCACCCCACUAACAACCACGUCUCCAAAGGUGUGGCCUUUGACACCCCACCCCCUUUGAGGCCCGACCACGCCUCCUACUGCAGGCCCGAGCGCCCGCUGUCCUCUGUCUCUGUCGACGAUGAACUAAAUGACUCUGAUUCAGAGACGUACUGACGAGGACGUCACUGCUAUUGGACACAGUGAACACAACACUGGCAGGUUUGCCAGCUACUCAGGAGCCUUAAUAGAUCACUGACAAGAACUUUAAGACAGCGAGAAAGACGAGGGAGCAAAAUGAGCCAGUGUGUGGAUUAUUUUUAGAGAAGCUUCCUCAAAUCUAAAAAUAACUCUCGUUGUGAGCCAGAUGUUUUGUUUGUUUAAGGUGCAGUUGGGUGGAGAAUAAUAUGCUAAAAUAUAGAACACACCCUACAUCUCUAUCGGACGGUAUCACUGUAAUGUCUUUUUAAAUUUGAAGCAGUGUUUUUUUUUUUAAGACCACAGUCUUAGUGAUAUUUUCUGGAGUGGUUUUAAUUCUUUUCACAGGUUUCCCAUCAAACUUUCACUAGAAAAGGAUCCAGAGAAAGGCUCAGAGGACUCAAAUGACAAACAGAGGGACAAUCUUAUGGGACCAGGACAUUGAAUACUGUUUUUUUUCCCACUGUUCUUUGAAGUUUUAAUCCUUUCUGAGCUGCCAUGAUGGCUGUAACUCCUCAUCCACAUUGGUGAUGCUGCCUCGUUGUUUUGACCCUCUUUUUAAUUCUCUGGUAGGAAAUUAUUGUUGAACACUACAUUUUUUUACAGAGUGGAGAUUGAAUCCAUGGUGGCAGAGUCUGACAGCAGGUGGAUGUAUGAAACAUUUACUGAAUUGGUCAGGAGUCAGAUGAUGACUGAAUGAACGGCCUGAGGAACCUUUAUCUUGUAAUGCUGUAACUACUCGAUGUCUGUGUACUGUACUGGAGACAGGGGAACGUAGCUGAAUCUUUGUAUUCGUGUGUGUGUGUGUGUGUGUGUGUGUGUGUGUGUGUGAGAGAGAGAGAGAGAGAGAGACAUUAUGAAAAUUAAUAAUUAUUGCCUUCUUAGGGACACGCAACUUUUAGGCAGAGGAUGAACUACUUGGUGCAAUGUUUGUAAAGAUUAAGUCAUGAAUGAAUAAAGAUAUUUGUUUUGGAUUCA